UCAAACACUUGCACUCAGUAGGUAAAAAUCAUUUAUUGAAGUCCAUUUAUAUGCCCUUUAAAAAACCCUAGAAACUUAAAAUUUGUUCAUGUUGUGGUUAUGGCCCUGUGUGCCAUUUCCCAGUCUUAUCUGAUCAUCCAUCCCCCUGCUACAAGCCCUAAUAGUAGCAGCAGUACUAGGGUGCGAUCCCUCUGCAUCAAAGUCAAUCCAUUGUUCUUGUCUCAUAAUUUGAAGGGGAAUAGGAGAGUUAUUAGGGCUUCAGCAGUUGCAGACUCAGAGGCGACAGUUCCAUUAAUCAUCAAAUCUUCUUCUGAAUCUGAGCCGCUCUUGAAUCCUUUGAAGGAGGAGAAGAUUGAGUUUGAUCUGGGAGGAGGAGGAGGGAGCAAAGGGUUUGGUGGAGGGGGAAGAGGCGGCGGAGGAGGAGGAGAUAAUAACGGUGGAGGAGAGGAGGGGGAGCACGAAGGCGAGGAUUCAUCGAAAAAGAAAAUGUCGAUGUCUCAGAAACUGACCUUUGGUUAUGCUGCUCUUGUUGGGUUGGGUGGAGUCAUGGGCUAUCUAAAAAGUGGCAGCCAAAAGUCGCUUGCAGCUGGGGGUUUAUCUGCGUUGUUGCUUUAUUAUGUGCAUACUCAGCUUCCAGUAAGGCCAGUCCUUGCAUCAACAUUGGGUCUAGGUAUAUCCGCAGCACUUUUGGCUGUCAUGGGGUCACGCUUCAAGAAUUCAGGGAAAAUAUUUCCAGCAGGUGUCGUUUCUCUUGUCUCAUUGAUAAUGACUGGUGGCUAUCUCCAUGGAAUCUUUCGAAGUUCGCACUGAUGUUAUUUAGCUUUGCCAAAAAGGAUGUGGUCGAGGGUCAAGGAACACUCAUCUCUCUCUCUCUCUCUCUCUCUCUCUCUCCCUCUCUCUCUUAAUCUUGCCUUUUUUGUGCUCUGCCAAUAUACACCUGGGACAUUUUCUGGAAUUUGAAGCUGAUGUACUGGAUUGUAUGCGCUGAUAGUGAGUUUCUUACUUUAAUAAUGGUACUAAGGUAGCAAGCUACACUAGUUCAUUAGUUUGUACUUUGUAUUGUGGCAGUUUUGUUGAUCUGUAAAUUACUCUAAUAGUUUUUUGUUUUGUUUGGUGUUCUGAAUGGUUUCCUACUAAAAUAAAUGAUUGUUGUCAUGGAGCUA